AGAGCAGAGGUUACACUGAGCUUCAAUAACGAUGUGAAUUCCCUGUUCAUAAUGCUGUCAAAAUUCCAGUUCUUGCUAUAACUUUGAUUUAUUCAUCAAGUAUGGCUAAUCCUCAAGCAAAUCCACAAGAUCUUUCCUCAGGGAGAUCAACACCCAGUCCAGUCAACCUGCUCUUUCCAAUUCCCAUGACAACAACAGCAGACAUUCCAUUUGCUGUGGCAUCACCACUCAACACCAUGCCUCAGGUUCCAGCCACAACAGUUCCCGCUACAACGGUUGCACCUACAAUGAUUGCACCAUCCCCUACAAUGAACGCCGGUCUUGUAGAAGGGCCACUGUCUGCUCCUAAUCACAAAGCUGUACCCCCUCCUCCAGCUUCUCCUGCUGGGAUCCAUGUGCCUCAGAGGAUGACGCCUUCCCCACAGACUUCUGUCGCAAAUGCUCGGAGCUCACCAGGGGGCGCUCCUUCAAAAGAGGGCCCAAAAGAUGCAGAAGGUCAAAGGGUUAUUGUGACAACCAGGACUCCCAUAUUUGUGAGGUCAUAUAGCCAUGCUCAGACCACUCAGUCAAGCCCUAAUACACCAACUGCUCCAAGGAUGACUGCGGCCGCAAUCAGACCUACACCGACUGGCCAUGUCAUGCCAACUACUGCUGGAAUGGUCCAGCAGGUUCGACCAAUAAGCAGUCAGGUGAAACCAACGAGGGGACAUCCAAGACCAGGGCCAGGAGGCACAGGACGUGGGAACCAUGGGAACAAAGUAAGAGUGUUGUCUAAUGGACCAAAUAGAAUUUCCAAUCCUCAGGUCCUGGCUCAGAACAGGGCACAGAUCCUUGCCCGUGCUAGAUCACCAGGUGGCUUGGUCAUUAGGGAGCACACUCCACCUUCCAGAAGUCCACCUCAUGCUAUCAGAGGGCAGCAACCGCGAAUCAGGAUACCCAUGUCCGGAGCAGGCAGGGGCGUCUCGGGAUCACACUCUCCAGUUUUGAUCACAGGUACACAAAUCAGAGCUCCUUUCUUUCAACGUGGAGGAACUUUAUUGGCAUAUCAGCCAGGAAAUCCUAGAUUACAAGCUGCCCUUGGUGGAAAUCAUUUAGCGGGGCAAUGUGUUGCCAUGACAAGCUCAGGACAAUUUGUUGUGCAGCAACAAACCAAAAUGUCUCCAGGAAAUGGGCAAAUGAGUCCAAGGCAUGUUACCAACCAAGUAAGACAUGGAUUGGUUUCUCCUAACAGAGCAAGGAUGCCUUCAACGAUGCCCAACCCUUCCUCACACUCCCAUCACAAGCCAAUUCUCCCUUCUCCUGCUCGGACUGCAGGGAGUCACCAGCUCUUGACAGUAGCAAACCCUCAGCAGCAUCCCCACCAGGCCCAUCGUCCUACUGCUCAGAUUAGAGCACAUCUCCCUCGUAUCUCACCCCGCCCCGUGCAGGGACCUGUCCAAGCGCAUUCUCACCACUCAGUGAGCGACUCCUCCCUUCACUCAACUCCAGACGUCACUCCAAUGAACCUGGUGACGUCUCCCAAAGGCUCACCUCAAAUCCACCCAGUCGACAUGUCGGCAAAGUCCAGUCAAAGUCCCAGCUCCACAACCAUUCCAACACAGUCCCACCUUCCUGUACCUUCACACCACCUUAUGAAGUCUGAAGGCAGCGACAGUGACACCUCCUCCAAAAAUGGGCGCUUCAGGGUCACUUCCUCAGCAACGGCACUUUCCUCUACCAAUCCAUCUACGGAUCCUGUACUGUUAAGUGGCCAACAGGAACCAGUAGAGGGCCAACAGCCUGUACCUGACAUCAUAGAGCACAGGCCAGAAGUUCAUGUACCGAGAGAAAUCCCCAGAGCCAUUGUCAAGCCUCAAAUUCUGACCCAUGUCAUCGAUGGUUUCAUCAUUGAAGAAUCCAAGGAACCAUUUCCGGUAACCUCUGGCAUUCCUGCAGAAAUUAAUACAACAUAUAAGACAAACGCACCAGAACAACAGAAACUUAAGAGACCUGCCCCUGAGCCAUUGGAGGCAGGUGGCAUGCUGCGAUGCGAGUUCUGUGGCAAGGUGGACUCUCCUCGCAAGUUUAAGCGCUCCAAACGGUUCUGCUCGAUGGCCUGUGCCAAGCGCUACAACGUGGGCUGCUCCAAGAGGCUCGGGCUGUUUUCACCGAGACAGCCGGAGAAACCUGAGAAGACGAAGCACAGACUGAAGCUACAACUCAAAGCUAAACCCCUGAAGGGACAGAGAGGAAAACAUGGCAGACUCACGUAUAAUGUAGCACAACCUUGGAGCAAAGGAGGCCAGCAUGAGAAUGAAUCACAGCUACCUCAAGAGACGAGCAGCAGUAGCAGCUCCAGCUCUGCCCCAUCGGAAGACAUGGAACACCCGUCCUCCCCAUCUCCCAACGUUGUCCUGUCAUCCCCAAGCCGCAGCGAGCAGAGCUUCCAGUACUCUGACGAGAGCGACGACCUGCCUCCGGGGGUCGGGCGCAACCCGAGCUCAUGGUCGGUGGAGAACGUCGCGGUGUUUAUCCGGUCGCUGCCGGGGUGCGCGGGCUACGCCGACGAGUUCCAAUCACAGGAGAUUGACGGGCAAGCCCUGAUGCUGCUGAAGGAAGAUCAUUUGAUGACAGCUCUGAAUAUGAAGCUUGGCCCUGCUCUCAAGAUCAUUAACAAGAUAAAUACUUUGAAAGAAAAAUGAUGACAUCAUUAUAUUGGCAAUGGAAUUGUUGAUUGUGAAUAUUAUUAAUGUUUUAUAAGGGGGUUCCUAUGAGCCAUUUUGGUCAGGAUAAAAGUUACAAAAGUUAUCAGAAGACAAGGAGAAGUUGAUAUGAAGAAUGUUCAUUUGAUGACCAACCUAUAUCAAGCUUGGUAGGUUGGCACUGCCCUUCCCCACCCUACAGAUCAUCAACAAGAUCAAUGCUUUGAAAAAGGAGUAAUAUAUCCUAAUGCAGAAAUUGGGAUGUUUGAUUAUAAUUAUAAUGUAAUAUUGAUAUAAAUUCAACUUUUGCUCUUCACACACUGGAAAAUUUACCUCAAACUUUAUGACUUCCAUUGAAGCCCAUAUCAAUGAUGGUACCCAGCCUGACAUAACUGAUCUAAUGAUGAAAGAUUGCUGCAUUCAACAAGGAAAUUUCUCCCAACCAUGAAGGGGAGGACUUUAUAAAUGGAUACAAGCUUCCAAAUGUCUAUGACCUGGGGGUGUUUUCACAAAGAUAUAAGUAUGAUUUAAGAGUUGCACUUGAAUGCUGAUGCUUUUAUGAUAUGUAACAUGCAAUGUUAGUGUGCGUCGUCUUAGCAUGAUCUAACCAAUGCAGUUGUGCCUUUUACAAUGCAUGCAACUAGGUAUUUAAGUGGGACUCUAAGUCAUAAUAAUAUUUUUGUGAAACACCCCUCUGAUCGUUUUUCGUUACAUCAUUAAGGUCAGGGUCCCUUAACACAAAGGUUAGCGAUUGAUCGUAUGCUUGAUUUACAUGAUUGAUUGCACAAUAUAGACAAUGCAAUCAAAUCAUAGAGAUAUGUUCUUCGAUGAAGAUGGCUAGUCUUUGUGUUAUGAGCCCUAGAUCGGGUGUGAUUGCAGUGGACAGUUCAUCAAUGGUGGGUAAAUUGCUCAAGCAUUAGAACAAUUUAUGGAAAUCUAACAAUGCUGAUGAUAUUUCAUGAUAUUAGAUUGGUGCUAAAAAUUGAGUAAACCCCUCCAGAAAAUGUACUCUACAUGCUGAGUGGUAAACAGAGACAACAACACUACAUUGUUCGGCCAGCCCAGGGAAAUAAACUUUACUGAAUGCAAUAUUUUAUCGCCUGACUUCACAAUCAAAUAUCUAUGAUAUGGCAGAACUGGGGCCCGUUGCAGAAAGAGUUGCAAUCAAUUGCAACUCUAAAAUCACGCGCAACUAGAUUUUCAGCCAAUCAACAGCGUGCAUUUGAGACUUGCGAUUGAGUUUUUGGCUUGCGUUUAAAUGCAACUCUUUCUGCAACAGGCCCAGAACACUUGAAAUGUGUUCAUUUUCCUGUGGGUUCACUAACUUUUUAACACCACUGUAUAGGUUGGGUAGGUA